GGAGAGAGAGAGGCUUUAGGAAUGUGAGGAUUAUCAUAAAAAGUGAACGUAAAUCAUUGGUGAAUGGGGUUGGCAGUGGAAGUCCUAUAGAGUAGACCACACCACCAAUCUGAGUCAAUAUUCAUCAAAAUGGGUACAAGAGAUGAUCAUGAUGAUGAUAUUGACACUGAUGAUGAUUAUGACGAUGACCAAGAGUUAGAGUUUGAAGAUGAAGAAUCAGCAAAGACAGAGAAAUGGAAAGAACAUUACUCAUCAAGGCAAAGGAUUCUCUUUGUUGGAGAGGGUGACUUUUCAUUCUCUCUUUCUUUGGCAAAGGCUUUUGGUUCUGCCCACAACCUCGUUGCCACUUCUCUUGACUCCUACGAUAACAUUGGGAAGAAGUACAGUAAUGGAUUGAAUAAUGUGAUGGAACUUGAAGAAAGAGGCUGCCUUGUCCUUCACGGUGUUGAUGCAAAGGAAAUGAGUCAGCAUUUUUUUCUCAAGACUCAGAGGUUCGAUCGUAUUGUCUAUAACUUCCCUCAUGUUGGUUUUCUAUACCCGGAGAAUAGCCACUGCCAGAUCCAAUUGAACAAAAGGUUGCUGAAGGGUUUUUUAGCAAAUGCCAAAGCUCUAGUAAAGAAAGGUGGGGAGAUUCAUGUAACACACAAAGAGGGUGAUCCAUACAACAAAUGGGAUCUGGUAAAGAAGGCAGAAAAGAUAGGACUGGCCUUGCAACAAGUUGUGCCAUUCUUCAAAGAUAACUAUCCUGGUUAUGACAACAAGAGAGCCCAUGGAAAAUUAUCUGAUGCAUCUUUCCUUGUUGGAGAAGCUAGUACUUACAAGUUCAAGCUCCAAACAUCUAACAUCUGUAAUAACUGAUAGGAAUUCUAAGUGUUGAGUUUGUUUGGAAGAUAAAAAAACUUUAAUGUAUCUAAACAAGGCAACACGAUGCCAAUAUUGGAUUUGCAUCUUUAUGUGGGGAUGGCAAUGUUCUGUAAAUGUGGAUGGUUGGAGCUUAGUCUGUUAUUUUUCUAGGGUUUGUUUUGCUUUAGUUCUUUGUUGCAAACUUGUGCUCAACUUCACUGACAAUGGUCUUGAUUAGGCUGUAGCAUUUAUUUAAUUCAUGAAUGCUGGUAGGAAAAUAACAUUUAUGUUUGGAUUA